UGGCAAUGGGACAUAUACUUUUAGCACUACUUUUUGCAGCAUUUGUCCGUGCUCAAGAAGUGGAGUACAGGCUUCCAAAAAUUUUUGUUCCUGUCAGUUACGAGUUAGAACUGACUGUGCUUGAGCAAACUUUCACAGGGGAAGAUAAUAAAUUUGAGGGAAGAGUAAAAAUUCAAAUAAACAGAGUUGAUAAUACUAACAGUAACGAACUUAAAUUGCACUCCAGUUUUAAAUACAUUUCGAUUAAUUCUUUAAAACUUAAUGAAACAGAGAUUACAGAGGAAAAUUAUUCAGUCGAUAAUGUAACAGAUAUCUUAACAGUAAACCUGCAAGAUAUUGAUACAGGAGAAGAAUUUUCUUUGGAGAUUGAAUAUAGAGGAACGCACGGAGACGAUAUGUACGGAUUUUAUCUGAGUAAUUAUCUUGAAGGUGAAAAUAAAAAAUAUUUGGUGACCACACAAUUUCAACCGACGCAUGCCAGGAGAGCUUUUCCAUGUUUUGAUGAGCCAGAAUUCAAAGCGACCUUUCAAAUAACUAUCAAUCUUCCUGAAAAUUUAAAUUUGACAGCCAUAUCAAAUACUGAAUCUACAAAAAAAGGCACAAAAAUUCAAUUUAAAGAAACUGUGGAAAUGUCGACAUAUUUAAUUGCAUUUAUUGUAUCUGAAUUUACUUGUGACCAAUCUGAUGUAAACUUAUCCUCGGUACCCCAUUAUGUUUGUUCUCGUCAGGAAAUGCAGAGCUCAAGGCAACUGGCGUUAGAAGAUGGGCCGAAAAUUUUGACUAAACUCAGUGAAUACACUGCUUUGGACUACAAUAAUUCAAUGUCCAAAUUACAUCAAUAUGCAAUUCCAGACUUUUCAGCCGGUGCCAUGGAAAACUGGGGACUUGUCACUUAUAGAGAAACUGCAUUAUUAUGGGACGAAAAAGAAUCAACGAACAGAUACAAACAAAGAGUGGCAACUGUUAUUGCACACGAACUUGCUCAUCAAUGGUUUGGUAAUUUGGUGACAACAAGAUGGUGGGAUACUACGUUCUUAAAUGAGGGUUUUGCUACUUUGUUUGAAUUCUUUACCACUAAUGAGGUGCAUCCUGAUUGGGAACUAUUGAAUCAAUUUGUACUCGAAGAACAUCAAGUUGCCCUUGAAACAGAUUCAUUAAUUACUGCAAAGGCCUUAAAAUCUGAAGCGUCCAGUCCUUCUGAAGUUAGUGGGAAAUUCGAUACAAUAUCAUAUUCGAAAGGAGGUAGCAUACUGAGGAUGGUGCAACACUUUAUGGGCUUUGAUAGUUUUCGAGAGGGAUUACACAAUUAUUUGGAAGAAAGACGAUACAAUUACACUGAACCUGAGAUUCUUUGGGAGCACCUUCAGUUAAAAACGUCCGAGUUACCUGUUACUCUUAAAGACAUAAUGAACAACUGGGUUAACAAAAAUGGAUAUCCAUUAAUUACUGUUACUUUAAACGAUAGCACAGUUUAUUUAAAGCAGGAACGUUUUGUGUUUGGCGAUUCUGGAAAUGAAACGGCUAUUAAAUGGUACGUUCCUAUUAGUUUCACACAAUCGAAUCAACAAAAUAAAUUCUACAACACCAAGCCAGAUUUGUGGUUGACACCAGAUGCAGACGAAUCAAUAAACCUAAAAUCCACUGACGCUUGGAUUAUCCUUAAUAAUCAGGCAACUGGUUUUUACAGAGUAAACUACGAUGAAACAUUGUGGAACAGAAUUGCAGAAGCUUUGAAAAAAGAUAAUUUUGAUGGAAUCCACGAAUUGAAUAGGGCUCAAAUCGUUGAUGAUAUUUUUGCUUUAACUAAAACGGGAAAAAUGACAUAUGGAGAAGCAUUUAAAAUAUUGGAGUUUCUAAAAAAUGACACUUCUUAUUACUCGUGGUAUUCGGCGUUCUCUGGUUUCAACUAUUUGCAAAGAAGAGUUGGUACAGAGUCUGAACUGGGUCAAGCUGUAGUAAAUCAUAUUAAAGAAUGGAUAGGAAAAUUGUUUGAAUCUGUACCUAUCAGUGAAUUAAAACCAGAUAAUCAAAUUUACACUCACAAACAAGUUCUGACAUUAGGAUGGGCUUGUAAGUUAGGAAUUUCGAAUUGUACUGAAGAAGUUAAAACCCAGUUUAAACAAUAUCGUUUGACAAAGGAAAGACCUUCGCCAAAUUUGAGGUCACUAGUGUAUUGUUAUGGACUUCGAGCAAGCGACGAUAAGGAGGAUUGGGAAUUUUUGUGGCAGGAAUACACUAAUACCACUAUUGCAACAGAACAAAUUACCAUACUAAAUGCCCUAGGUUGUACCGAAGAUGUUGACUUGAUUCAUGAUUUCUUGAAUAAAUCUAUUGAUUCACCUCAUAUUAGAGCCCAGGAUAAAUCGUCUGUAUUCUCUGCUGUUUAUACUGGUAGUGCCGUUGGAAUAACUGAAGCAUUUAACUUUUUGGUGGAUAAUCACAAGAGGAUUGAGGAAAGUUAUAGUAGCAUGAAUGCCCUAGGAAACAUUGUGAGGGGAAUAGCUGAAAGAUUCACAUCUCAAGAACAAAUUUCACAGUUGGAGUCACUCAUAAAGUCAUUGGAUGAGGGAACCACGUUUAGAACAGCUGCUGAGAGCGCCCUGAAAACGGCCCAAGCAAAUUUGGAGUGGGUCGAGUUACACCGAAAUGAGUUGCAUGAGUAUUACCAAAACGCCAGUACUUCAACUUCAUCCUCUAGUUCAACGACUUCAACUCAAACCCCCGUUCCAACUUCAACCUCUACUUCAACCCCUGCUUCAACUUCAUCCACUAUUUCAACUAUUACAACUCAAACUCCCGUUCCAACUUUAACCUCUACUUCAACCUCUGCUCCAACUUCAUCCACUAAUUCAACUACUACAAAUCCAUCCUCCAGUUCAUCAGAUUCAACUACAACCCCCACAACACCAACUGAUGCACCCGGUUCAGCUAUCGAUAUAAGAAAUUCGAUUUUGUUAACAACGUUGUCAUUUGCUAUUAUUAAAAUGUUCUACAUAUUGUCCAAUUUCGAGAUGAGACGUGGGGAAUGUUAUUUAUUAAUCAUAUCUCUUUGUAUAUUUAUUGUCAAUAAUGUACAAGGAGAGUACAGACUUCCAAAAACACUAUAUCCAGAUAAAUACAUUAUAGAAUUAAGUCUAGAAGAAGAAGCUUUUACAAAUUCCAGUGACGAUUUUUCAGGUAUUGUUCAAAUAAUUGGUACAGUGAAGGAAGAUACCAAAAGAUUGAAACUGCACACAUCAUCUUCAAUAAAUAUUAACCAACUUUUGGUUAAUAACGAAAAAAUUUCCACCUCCAAUUACACAGCAAACAUUACCACUGAGAUUUUGACGGUCAAUCUUGCUUCUGAUUUAAAAUCAGAAUCGGCUUUUAAUAUAACAAUAUUUUACGAUGGACGAUUAGCCGACGAUAUGUAUGGUUUUUACAAAAGCAGUUAUAAGGAAGGUUCUGAAACAAAGUUUCUGGCGACAACACAGUUCGAGGCUACCUAUGCGAGAAGGGCAUUUCCAUGUUUUGAUGAGCCUGAAUUUAAAGCCAAAUUUUCAAUAAAAAUCACGCACCCUCAAACUUUAAAUGCCUUGUCGAACACUCCAGUUCAACAGGCGGCCACACGAGACAAUAGAGUGAUUACACAAUUUGAGGAGUCACCAAUAAUGUCCACUUAUCUGGUUGCCUUUAUAGUAUCAGAAUUCACCUGUUCUUCUUCGGGAACUGGGUCCACAUCGGUGCCUCAUAGUGUAUGUUCAAGGAAGGGCUUUGAAUCGGAGAGAGACUGGGCUGUGACUGAUGGUCCGAAACUUUUAAACGCGCUUAAUGAAUAUACUGGUUUUGACUACAAUAAUUCUAUUAUUAAAAUGGAACAGGUUGCCAUUCCGGAUUUUUCUGCUGGUGCCAUGGAAAAUUGGGGAUUGGUGACUUAUAGAGAGACUGGGUUGCUUUGGAGUGUAACCGAAUCGUCGAACAGGGACAAACAGAGUAUUUCAGCAGUAAUUGCUCACGAGUUUACACACAUGUGGUUUGGAAAUUUGGUUACCACUCGUUGGUGGGACACAAUUUUUUUAAAUGAGGGCUUCGCUAGAUUAUUUCAGUUUCUAAUUACAGGAGUGGUUCAUCCGGAUUGGGAAAUGGAGAAGCAGUUUGUGAUUGAACAUCAUCAAACUACCUUAGCUUUGGAUGAUGUUCAGACAGCACAAGCUUUAAUUGAAUAUGCUGAGACUCCUUCAGCAAUUAGCGACAGAUUCGGAACCAUAUCCUACAGUAAAGGAGCCAGUAUAUUAAGAAUGGUUCAGCACUUCCUAGGCCAUCAAAAUUUUCGGAAUGCUCUUAAAGACUAUUUGCAAGAUAGAAAAUAUAAUUAUUCUGAACCAUCAAUGUUAUGGACACACUUCAAUAACCAUGCAACGGAUACUGGAAUACAGACGCCCAUUAAUACUAUUAUGCAAACAUGGACUGAAGUGAAUGGUUAUCCCUUGGUCACAGUUAGUUUGAAAGAUGGAAUAGUUACUUUAACCCAGGAACGUUUUCUAAAAAGUGGCAGUGAAGAAACACCCAGGAAAUGGUAUAUCCCAAUUAGUUACACACUAUCAAACGAAACAUCCAAAUUUGAAUCAACCAAACCCGGAGUUUGGUUAACUCCGGAAGAAGAUAAGGAGAUUGAUAUUGGAAAUGCUUCCUGGAUCAUUAUUAAUAACCAAGAGUCAGCGUUUUACCGUGCUAACUACGAUUCAAAUUUGUGGCAUCAGAUUGCACAUGCUUUGUCGGCAACGAAUUUUUCGGGCAUUCCUGAGUUGAACCGUGCUCAAAUUGCAGAUGACAUUUUCAAUAUUGCUAAAGUAGGGAAAUUAACAUAUUCAAGUGCUUUCCACUAUUUGGAAUAUUUGGCCAAUGAUACAUCAUAUUACACUUGGUACGCAGCUUUGAAUGGUUUCAGCUACUUGGAGAGGAGAGUGGGAAGGUCUACAGAAUUAGGACAAGCUAUAUCUAAACAUAUAGUGAACUGGAUGACAAAAGUGUAUGACACAGUUGAUGGACUCAACAAUGACGACCAAAUAUAUACUCACAAACUAGUGUUAACCAACACAUGGGCUUGUAAAUUGAAAAUGGCAAAAUGCGUCGACUAUGUCUUAACGGAAUACAAAAAUUACAUAUCCACCAACAAAAAACCUGAUCCAAAUAUGAGAUCCAUUAUUUACUGUAACGCACUAAGAUACAGUAACCAAACAGAAGUUGACUGGAACUUCCUUUGGGAGGCAUAUUCUAAGGCCACUAUUGCUACUGAAAAGACUACCAUUCUGUCAGCGCUUGGAUGUACGGAAGACGUAUCUUUACUUAAAAGAUAUCUUGAAUAUUCCGUCGACGAAUCAAAAGGUAUCCGAUCUCAAGAUGCCUUAUCAGUAUUCAGUGCGGUUUAUGCUAAUCCUGUCGGCGUUGAUGUGGCGUUCGAAUUCCUGCGACAUAACUACACAGUGAUUAAAGACAGUUACAAAAGCCUAAACGCAUUAGGAAAAUUGAUCACUGGGUUAGCAGACAGAUUUACAACUCAAAAUCAACUUACUGUUCUGCGAGAUUUUAUAAAGUCACUUGACGACAAUACGCACGGCGAUUUUAAGAAGUCUGCCGAAAAUGCUUUGACCAGCGCCACAGCCAACAUAGAAUGGGUCGAAAAACUGAGCUCUGACUUGUACAGUUAUUAUGGUAUAGAAGACGGCAAUUCAAGCAGCAAACACUUCAUAUCAUUUUAUGUCCUUGUCCUGAGUGUAAUAUCAUUACUUUUUUUUAAAUAUGGCACCAUGAAGUCGAUUGCCUUUACCUGCAUAUUACUAUGCAGCCUUCUACUUGUUAAUGUUAACAGCAGAAAAUUAAGUAGCAAUUUAUUAGGAGUAAAUAGUUAUGUGAUAAGUUUAAGCAACUUAGAUUUAGAAAAAAAAACAUUUGACGGAAGUGUCAGCAUAAAUUUUGCGCAUGGAAGUGGAGUCAUAGAAAUGAAUGCGGACUUAAUUGAAAUUACCUCAAUAAAGAUGGGAGAUAAAGACUGCACUCAUAAGAUUGACGAACAUAAAAUAGUUCAAGUUGACUGUGGGUUAGAAGCCCAGAAUGAUGUAAAAUUGGAUAUAAGUUACAGUGGCACGAUCGUCACUGAUGAAAUGUAUGGGUUGUAUUUAAGUACUUUUGGAGAAGAUCAAAAAGUUAUAUCCACUCAAUUUGAACCAACUUAUGCUAGAAGGCUCUUCCCGUGUUUUGAUGAGCCGGAGUACAAAGCUACUUUUGAAAUAACAGUCGAUAUCAGCAAGCUUGGUCAAGGAUAUUCCGUUUUAUCGAACACCAAAGCCACAUCAAGUGAGAACUUUAAAUAUGUAUUCGCAAAAACUCCAGUAAUGUCCACAUAUUUGGUCGCUUUGGUUAUCUCUAAUUUUGAGGCGAAAUCUCCUACAGAAAAUGAAGGCUAUGAAUAUUUAGUAUAUGCUAGACCAGACGCAAAAGAUUACACCACUACUGCAGUGAACUACGGAAGGAAAUUGAUCGAUGAAAUGGGAACAUACACAGGCAUUAAAUACCAAGAUUUGGGAAUCGACAAAUCGUAUCAAGUGGCUAUUCCAGAUUUCGCUGCUGGCGCUAUGGAAAACUGGGGCCUUGUAACUUACAGGGAAUCGACACUUUUAGAUGAGGGUGACAAAACAACGACCGCUGGUAAACAAAAAAUCAUCACAGUUAUAGCGCACGAAUUGGCUCAUCAAUGGUUCGGAGAUUAUGUCACCCUGAAGUGGUGGAGCGAUACAUGGCUAAACGAAGGGUUCGCCACUUAUUUUGAAUCGCACAUCGCUACUAAAGUCGAAGACAAUUUGGAUAUUGACAAACAAUUUUUGGUUGAUGUGAUGCAACCAGUUCUUAUCACCGACUCCGCCUCAACGGUACAGGCAUUGUACACAGAACAUGUGGAUAGUCUUGCUGAAAUUAAUGACAAAUUUUCGACCAUUUCAUAUGAUAAAGGUGGCAGUAUUAUAAGAAUGAUUCGAUUUGUCCUGGGUGAAGAACUGUUUAAGAAAGUUUUAAAUUAUUACUUAACUUAUUUUAAGCAAACGAACGCUGACCACAACAAUUUAUUAAAUGCCAUUAAAGAUCAUUAUGAGCAUUCUGAAAAUUUUAAAAAGUGGAUUGAGCAACCUGGUUAUCCACUAGUUUCUGUUUCUUUAGACAAUAUGAAUUUAGUUUUAACUCAGACUAAAUACGGAAGUAAGGAAACUAAUAUUGCAUGGGACAUUCCAAUUACUAUUACCACUUCAUCUAAUCCUCAAUGGGAUAUCAGCAGCAUUGACAAUUGGUUCAAGAGUACUGAUGGAAAUUAUAUUAAAGCAGUUUCAGGAGACGAAGACUGGUAUAUUGUAAAUGUAAAAGCAUCCGGUUAUUACAGAGUGAAAUAUGCAUCUGAUUUAUUAGAAAAAUUAAUUAAAGCUUUGAAGAACAAACCAGAUAUUAUAGACGAAUUGAACCGUUCGCAACUUAUUGAUGAUGUAUUCAAUUUGGCUAUAAUUGGAGGACACACUUAUGAACAAGCUUUUGAACUAGCAAAUUAUUUGUCUCAAGAAAAUUCUUAUUACCCAUGGGCAACAACAUUUAACGUCAUUUCCGCGUUGUUGGAUAAAAUCGGAGAUGAAACUGUUGUGUCUGGAAUAAAGGAGCGCAUGAUAACUCUGAUGAAAAACGUUAUCGUAAUACCUGAAGCAGUUGACAAACUCGACGGCAACCCAACGCAUAUUGAAAUUCUUAAAACCGUGGCAGUUCUAAAAUGGGCUUGUGAUUUCGGUCAUCCAGAGUGUAUUAAAUUCGCCACAAACGUUUUCAACAAAUACGUUGAAGACAAAACUAGUAUUGAAAACAACUACAGGGGCUUUUCAUUGUGCUCCGCAAUUCGUCACAGUUCGUCGAUCGAAGCAGAUUGGGAAAAGCUAUGGAACCUGUACGGUGAUUCGGAAACAUCCCACGAGAAAGAUGACAUUCUCUAUGCAUUAGGUUGUGCUACUGACAGUAGUACUUUGGAAAAAUUCCUUUCUUUGAGUAUUGAUGAAAGCUCUGGAAUUAGGAAACAAGAUGCUGUUAGUGUCUUUAGAGCUGUACUGAAAGGAGGUAAAGAAGGAGUUGAAGCAGGACUUAAAUUCCUUGAAAAUAAUUUCGAUAAAAUACAACAAUACUACAAAGGUAUGGGCUCAAUUGGUGACAUGGUGACACGGCUGUCAGCAAAGAUUGUAACAAAAGAUCAUGUUACUAGGCUAAAUGAUUUUCUGACCAAAAAAGCUGAUGUAGAAGAAAUUAAGGUAGUUGCUCAGCAAGCCCUAGAAGUAGCUAAUUCUAAUCUUGUAUGGAGUCAAACACAUCUAGAGGAAUUGCAAAACUUAUUCCCCACUUCUGGUUCUUCUACUACUACGACUACCACCACUGACUCUAGUACUACUACGACCGGCCCCACUGGCCCUACUAGUCCUGAUACUUCUACGCCAAGUCCCGGUGGUGCUAACUCAAUCUCAUAUUCAAUGGGAAUUGUAUUACUGACUUUAGGUCUUUUAUUGAAACUCUAAUGUCUACAUACUUAGGAAGAUAUAAACCAUAUAAUAUUUAUAGAGAAUACAAAAACUUCUUCCAACUCUUUAUAUUUAGCUUUAAGCAAAAAAAAUAUAGUUAUAUAAGUAUUUA